GCCCCUAGCCCUACCCCCGUGUACGCGCCUCAGGGGGGUAUCGGAUUUAACUCUACGCCCUCUUACAAACCUCAAUCGGACUUCGAUUUCCAAAGCCUGAAUCUUGCGUUGCAUCAAGAGCUCAUCGAGCUCGAUCUUUUCCGUCAUGGCAUUGCCGUCUACAACCAGACCGACUUCACGAACGCGGGCUUGAAUGCUCAGGAUAUGUAUUUGCUGCAGUUUAUGGCAAAUCAAGAAGUAGCUCAUGCAACGCUGAUCUCCAAUAUUUUGUACCCCAAUGUCACGCAGCCUUGCACAUACGUCUAUCCGAACUUCACGGAUCUUCGGGCUUACAUUGACUUUUGUCAAAGGCUUACGCGAUGGGGAGAGUCUGGUGUUUACGGUUUCCUUGGCCAUCUCAACGCUCAAGAUACGGCUUCUUUACUUAUGGACUCCAUCGCGACCGAAGCACGUCAACAGAUGAUAUUUCGUCAAUUUGAAGGCUUAUUCCCUAUGCCUUAUGACUUCGUCCCUAGCAUCACGCAAAGUAUGGCAUGGACUUUGUUGGCGCCAUUCAUCCAAUCUUGCCCCCAGGGCAAUCCGACGGUGAAGUGGCAGAACUUCCCCGCCCUCACUGUUUUGAACAAUCCGUACUGGCCUGAUCUUCCGCUCGACAACAGUUCCCAGCCUGCGAUCACACAGAACCGCAGCCAAGUUACGUACCCUGGGCGCGAAGUUUCCCUCAGCUGGGAGACGCCUGGCAAGCAAGUCGGGUUCAACAACUCUUUCACGACGAACUCGACAGCUGGUCAACCUCAAUUUGUUGCUUGGAUCUCGCAACUCAAUACUACGUACACCACUCUGAACAACAUCAACGGAACCAAUGCUACGACCAUUCAACCUGGCGGCACCGUGUUUGAGAACAGCACUUCGUCGUUGAUCAAUGGCACAAUGUAUCUGUUGAUCACAGACGCGGCGCCAUACGUGACACCUUACAACUUGUCUCAGAUUGAGCCGCACAUUGUUGCCGGCCCCGCGAUUUACCAGGCUGGCUGA